AUGAGUGACCAACUGCGAGAACUGUACGGCAGCGACUAUCCAAGCAGUGACGAAGCUACACCGAAAGCGAAGCGCGCCCACGGCGCAAUAUACAACGAUCAUGGGCACUUGACGAGGCCUUUCCCGCCGGCAUCAUGCGCAGAUGGCAGUAACAUCACCUAUCCAUUUGAUCACUCUUCUGACAGCAGCAUAACAUCCCACCAGCACAUCCAGAGUGUUAGCUCUGAUGAUCUUCCAGUUGAUAUUGCCUGCAGUGUCAGCUCUCUACACGCACAGUACAGGCAGGAGUUCGACAGUCUGUGCAGCGGCAUAACCGAUCAAGAGCUCACUGAAACUGAUAGCUCUUACAGUCUUCCAACUGAUGACCCAAGCAAUGAAUCAGAUGCAGCUUCGCAUUCAGACAGUGGGCCAGGUGACUCCAGUAGCCCACAUGGUUUGCGGACGGACCCUUCUGUUUCUGAGGGCAACUCUACCGUAACAGUGCACAGUAGUGUGACACUUGCUGUUCAACUUGCACUCUGGGCCAUAACAUGCAACACACCACAGGCCCACCUCAGCAGCUUGCUUCAGAUACUCAAGCCAUAUCAUCCCGAUCUGCCAUGUGAUGCAAGGACCCUGCUACAAACGCCUAGGGAGUCAAAAGUAUCCUCACUCGCAGGAGGAGACUAUUUUUAUGUUGGCAUUGCUCAGGGACUCUAUGCACUCUUAAGGGCUGGAUACCUAAAGACUACUUCUAUCACUUUGAAAAUUAACAUAGAUGGUAUUCCCAUCUCCAAAAGUUCAACAUUGUCAUUGUGGCCUAUCUUAAUCCAUGUCAAAGAAUCUGCUUCAAAAACACCAUUUCUUGCUGCAGCAUACAUAGGGAAAACCAAGCCAUCGUCAGCUCAGGAGUUCCUGAGACAUUUUGUGUGUGAGGUGAAACAGCUGAUGGAAUCAGGCUUGUGUCUUCAUGGGAAAAUGUUGAAGGUUGCCAUAGGUUGUUUUAUUUGUGACCUCCCUGCACGGGCCUUCAUCAAAUGUAUCACAGGGCAUACUGGGUACUAUGCCUGUGAGCGCUGCGAGUUACGAGGCCAUCAUUCAAAGACGCACAAAAAGAGGCUGUACAUGGAUGCUUCAGCUGCAAAGAGAUCAUGGGUUUCAUUUCGUAACCAAGUGCAAAGGGAACAUCACAAAGGAACUUCCCCUCUCGUGGAACUAGACAUAGAUCUUAUUAAAUGUGUCCCGUACGAUUACAUGCAUCUCGUGUGCCUUGGUGUGAUGAGGACUAUGAUCAUGCAACACUGGAUGUCCAGCAAACCGCAGCCCGCAAAAUUGGCCAAUGCCACGAAAGAGCUUAUAUGA